CCAACAUCAACAAGACGACAAGCGAGCCAGCAUAUCCCCACCACCACCUCAGACAUCAUGGCCUCAACGAAGUUUGCAGCAGCGCUUCCAGACGUGGCAAUGACAGUCGCAAGCUCUGGUCCCCGGUCGGCGUCUGAUCUGGAGCUUGCCCACACCUCCAACCCCAGACCCGCUCUCGACAUCGCCGCCUAUCCGCACAUCUUCGAGGCUAUCCUGGCGUUCUCCCUCGCACACUACGACACUGUGAAGGCACUACGAUCUCUCUGCCACGCCGCCCGAGAUGCAGUUGAGGCCCAGCUCGCGCGCCACAUCACUGUUAAAUCGAGCUCUACGCGGUACGGCAAGUAUCUGCAUAUACGGAGCGCUGCAGGCGUCCCCAUUCCCGGCGUGCGUCCGCGCAACUACAUUGCUCUUGCACAAGGUGGAGAGUCGGCGCUUUCUAAACCUGUCACCAAAAGCUUCGGACGCGCUCCGCCAGCGCCUCCUCCCGCAGACGUAAGCGCAGCCCAAGCCCUAGCCACCACCGCACGCGUGCUGGCCCACACCCGCGUCAUUGACGUCGGCGAGUUUGUGCACGGCACUGACCUCGCUGCUCUUGAGCCGUGGCUGGAUCUCGACGCCGUCCGCCUCCCGGCGUAUCGGUUGGCGGGGAGGAACAACGACAACACCACUCUAAAGGCGCGCACCGUCGUCCUCUCGCCCUCAUGCGCCGGCGCACUUCGCUCCACUUAUGCCCUAGUCGUGCCACCCGGCACACGGAGACUCGUGAGCCACGAGUUCACCGAUCUUGCGCCCAGGAUGUGGGCCACGGUAUCUUGUUCGUGCGGCGGAACCUCUCCAACUGCGGGCUGUGCCUGCCGCACCAUCGAGGAGGUAGUCGUCGCGUUCGUGCAGCGCCGCCCGGCGAAGGGCACUAGCGAGAUGGAGGUCGGCUACACCCCGGAGCGUGUGGCAGCGCUGGUCGACGUCUUCCCGAACGCGCGGGUGGUGCUUGUUGGCGCAGAGGGAGCGCGCCUCGGACGUGAUCCCCCAGCACAGCGCCCGUAUGGCGAGCCGAAUGACGAGAUUAAGCGGCUCAUCCUUGAGAGUGAACUUGCGGACAAGCUCCAGGAUAUCAAUUGUGUCAAACUCGGCGAGUGGCGCAAACUUGUCGGGGAGAAGAGGUGGGCGCUUGAGAUGGGGCUCGGGGACUCGCAGGUGUUGUACCGAGCAGAAGGUGGAUGGGGUGGGUAGCCAAUGCACGUUUGUCCAUGCGCUCUAUCCCUCUUCAGCUCACAUACUGAGUCAACUGAGCCGUUGUGAGCGUUGCGUCCCGAUACGUCCAGAGAUACGGUUUGGUGGCGCUGGCGCGACGCGUUCUGCACGUGCACUCCGGCCCUAGCCGACUGAGCGGCAUCAUUUGUCUCCAUGCCCUCCGGCGCCAACAUCGUGUUGUGUGCCACCGAUGAAUGAAACGAU